AUGGAGUUCAACCCCACCAAAGCCAUCGUUCACAAUGAAGAUUGUGACUUGCAUUACUGGUACCAGGGCAAAGGACCCCUCAUCACCUUUGUUCCCGGAGGAAAUGGUCAUGGGCGGCAAUUCAACCCUUUAAUUGCGGCCCUUUCUGACAAGUACACUUGCGUCACUUUUGACAGGCGUCAGAUGUCGGCAAGCCAAGUGAAGGUCAAUAAGAGGCUCAACCCACCACAACAAGCACGAGAUAUUCGCGCCGUUAUUCAGGCCCUCGGCUUUGAGAAGUCCAUCAUCUUCGGAAGCAGUAGUGGGGGUAUCUUCUCACUCCAAUUUGCGCACGACUUUCCCGAGAUGGUCGAUCACUUGAUAUCUCACGAAGCACCCACGGUGACCCUUCUCCCAGAUGCCUCCAGCCUAGUCGAGUGGUUUCUUCAUCUUAUGGAGGUAUAUGAGACUCGUGGACUAGAGCAAGCUGCUAGCGAAUUCGGCGCCAAACUGAUAGGAUACGAUGACGAAGGUAUCCCCAAGGUAGCGAAGCCUGAACCAGAGAACCCUCGGAAUUUCUGGGACAAUGAGUUCCCAGUUCUGCUGGGUUACAUGCCCAAUCUAUGGCGGUUGGUGGAGAAUAAGACCAGCGUUGGUGUGAUGAGGGGGGUGCGAUGCAAAGAUGCCUUCUUCGCCAGGACGACAGUAGAGCAGGCAAAGAUUUUAGGCUGCCCGCUCCUCCUAGUGCCAGGGCACCACCAGGGUUUUGAGGCUGAGACGAAGGAAUUCCUUCCAUAUUUCAUCGAGAUGCUGGAUACUCUAGAAAAGAAGAGACGGACAGCUUAG